GGAAACGAGUUGCACAUUUCAACAAGGAUUCUAAACAAAUCCAAUACUGUACAUAAUACUUACUUCUUACAAUGUUCCUAUGUUUGUUGAAUCAUUUGGACAACGAAUUUGUCCCACAUUUUGCUAAAAAUUCAUCAUUUUUUUUCUGAUAUUUUCCCGAUUUCCACCCUGUCCAUGAAUCUCGUGAUUCCACCCGAUUCCAACUCUCCAGUCCUCCUCCUUCAACCCCUUUUAGCCCAGCUAUGAAAUCUUCAUCCAUCCACCAAGAAACAUCUCAAAACCUCACCGACCCUCUUUUGACACCAAGAUUCGCCGCCGCAAUGGAUGAUGAAUCAUUCACCACGACGACGAAAUCAUACUGGAGAUUCAGCAAGAAUGAUUUUUACCCGGAGCCCACCUUCCGGAAUUUCUCAACUUACCUCUCCGCCGUCUCCGAUACCCCUCGCCGUCUCGAAGAUCGACUCUUGGGCCGAUCCUCUGACGUGACAGAGCUCGUGGAGCUGAAGAAGCAAUCAGAACAUCCAAUGCACCGAUGCCUUACUUGGUGGGAUCUUAUUUGGCUUGCUUUUGGCUCUGUUGUUGGGUCAGGUAUUUUUAGCAUUACUGGCCAAGAAACUCAUAAUGAUGCCGGACCUGCGAUUGUUUUGUCUUAUGCUAUUUCUGGCUUCUCUGCUCUUCUUUCCGUCUUUUGCUAUACUGAAUUUGCUGUUGAUAUUCCAACUGCUGGUGGCUCGUUUUCGUUUCUUCGUAUUGAAUUGGGUGAUUUCAUUGCUUAUAUUGCUGCUGGGAAUAUUCUUUUAGAAGCUAUUGUGGGUGCUGCUGGAUUAGGCCGGUCAUGGUCAUCGUAUUUUGCUAGCCUUAUUAGUAGUAAUCCUGAUAUUUUAAGGAUAAAAAUUGAUUCUUUUGCUGAGGGUUUUAAUUUACUGGACCCUCUUGCUGUUGGGGUUUUGGUGAUCUGCAAUGGGAUUGCAGUGUCAGGGUCUAGGAGGACUUCGAUUCUUACAUCCAUCACUUCUAUCAUAAGUGCUGCCAUUAUAGUUUUUAUCAUUAUUGUUGGCUUCAUUCAUGCUGAAACUACGAAUUUGGUGCCCUUUUUUCCAUUUGGGGCCAAGGGUGUUUUCGCUGCUUCUGCCGUUGUCUACUGGUCGUAUACCGGGUUUGAUAUGGUUGCUACAAUGGCUGAGGAGACGGAGAAACCUUCCAGGGAUAUACCUAUGGGUUUAGUUGGUUCCAUGUCUAUGAUCACAAUCAUCUAUUGUUUGAUGGCGUUGGCACUGGCUAUGAUGGUGAAGUAUACAGAUGUAGAUGUAAAUGCUGCUUAUUCGGUUGCAUUUGAGAAGAUUGGUUUGAAGUGGGCUAAAUAUCUGGUUGGAAUAUGUGCUCUUAAGGGAAUGACCACAAGUUUACUUGUGGGAUCUAUGGGACAGGCUAGAUAUACAACUCAGAUUGCAAGAUCACAUAUGAUUCCCCCUUGGUUUGCUCUGGUUCAUCCAAAGACAGGAACACCAAUUUAUGCCACGCUGUUGGUGACUACACUUAGCUGUAUUGUUGCUUUCUUUUCUAGCCUAGAUGUGUUGUCAAGUGUGCUUUCUUUCAGUACUCUCUUCAUCUUCAUGCUCAUGGCUGUUGCAUUGCUUGUUCGGCGGUACUAUGUUAAGGAUGUCACACCACGGUCCGAUCAUAUCAAAUUCCUGGCUAGCCUGUUUCUCAUAUGUAUUUCGUCAAUUGGAUUUACAAUCAUUUUUAAUUUGAAUAAGGGAGGAUGGAUUGGAUAUGCUGUUACAGGCAUCUUAUGGUUUAUAGGCACUCUGGGAAUGGCAUUGAUUCCAAUGAAGAGGCUUCCUAAAGUUUGGGGUGUCCCUCUUGUUCCAUGGUUCCCUUCAGUUUCAGUUUUGACGAAUAUCUUUCUCAUAGGAUCGCUUGGUGCUGUGGCUGUCUGGCGAUUCGUCAUAUGCAGUGGGAUAAUGGUAGUGUACUAUCUUUUAGUUGGUGUCCACACGACUUAUGAUAUGGCUCAUCAGGAUCCUAUGGAAGUGAAAGUUGAGGAGGGCACAGGAAAAGGGGAUCAAGUCGUAUUAUAGUGAUCGUACAGGUUUGAUUACAUCGAUUGUUUGUAUCUAAAUCUUAGCAUACAGAAGCCUAUAUCUUCAUCCAUUUGUUUGGAUCACAAUUGGUGGAUAAUGCACAGGGUUCAAGUGUAUAGCCAAAAUUCACUGUGGAAAUAUUUAGUGCAUUAGGUUGAAGUGUAUAGCUAAAACUCAUAGUUCCCACAUUGAUUCCUUUCCACUAGAAGGGAUGCUGCUCAUUCAUAUUUCUUUCAAAAUUUGUAUCUUCAUUAGGUUUUCUGGUGUUUGCAUAUUAGAACAUCGGUUUCUUUAGUAGAACUGCAUAAGAUUCUGAUUGCGUAAGAAAUUAAUUACAGUACAACUCAUUGAGGUUAAUAGCUUAAGAAAAACAACUGAUCUGACAAAUGAAGUGAUGUAGAUGAUAGUUUACAGUCCUUGGAGAGCCGAACACUUAGUCUUGGUGAUUUUCAGUGUUUCCUAUAUCUUUUACAGAUUUCCAGAUUCAAGUGUAAUAGUAUCUGGAAGUCCAAACACACUUUAGUUCUGUUGAGGAACAAUUUCGCAUGAUGAUAAUGGAAUCAGAU